AUGGCGGACGGCGAGGAGAAUGCGGCAGGUCAGUUGUUCGAAGGUGUAGUGGCGGCAUUCAUCCCCAGCGACCGAUUGGACGAGGAAUUGGUGGAAGAGUACAGCAGAAUUAUAGUCCACGGCGGCGGGAGGCAUAUCGCAUUACGAACAACAGACAACAAAAUCCCCGACCUCUCCGCCGUCACACACAUCAUCGCCACCAACAUCGACUUUCCCCAGCACAACCACGCGGUAGAAGGAGGGAUCCUGGUCGUCAAGCCAUCAUGGGUCAGGCAAAGCCAAGCGAAAAACAAGCUGGUGGCAGCGAGGCAGCACAGUCCAGACCCGAACCAGUACUUCCAGGACGUCGUCUUGACCUGCGCAGAUCUGCCUGAAGGCGACAAGGAUGCCAUCAUUGCUGGUGUCAUGGCUCUGGGUGGCUUGUACAGCGGCACACUCAACAAGCUCACCACCCAUAUCGUGACGUUGGACUACGACCAUCCGAAAUGUCAGUUGGCUCUCAAAACCAAGGCCAAUUGCAAGAGUGUCCUCCCACACUGGUUCGAUGACUGUCUACGCUUGGGAAAGAAGAUUAACGAACGACCUUACGUCUUCCCGAACCCGCCAUACCUCCAGUCGACACUGCCAAAGCCUGUCAACAGUGACAUCAGCCAUGUCGAAGGAGCGACGACAUCCACACCUCUUGCAUUCCCUGUACCCACUCCGCCAUCUUCUCCCUCUGACAUCCGCAAGAAUCUGAAUGCUUUCAUGAGCAAGACGCUCAGGCUUUCAUCCGACCUCGAGUUGAGCCCGCAUAUUGUAUCGACUCUGGAAGGUCUUAUCAAUCAUGGUGGCGGAGUCCUGACCAACAGCAUCGACAAUGCGGAUAUCUACAUCGGCCAGUAUCGUGACGGUGCAGAGUACAUCGCCGCAUCUCGUGCUCGCAAGGAAGUGGCCAACUUAUCCUGGCUGUACAACGUCAUCAACAACAACAAGUACACGAAUCCACUCAGCAAACUUCUUCACUACCCAAUACCACGGAAUGGUCUGCCAGGAUUCAGCAAUAUGAAGAUCAGCAUCUCAAACUACAACGGCGAAGCUCGAACAUAUCUCGAAAACCUGAUCAAAUACUCCGGGGCUGAAUUCACAAAGACAAUGAAGCAAGACAACACGCAUCUCAUCGCUGCUCAUUCUAAGAGCGAGAAAUAUGAGGCCGCACAGGAGUGGAAUCUGAACAUCAUCAAUCAUCUUUGGCUGGAGGAGAGCUAUGCGAAGUGCUGCACUCAAGCCUUGUCCAACCAGAAGUAUACACACUUCCCGGCGAGUACGAACCUGAGCGAGGUUUGCGGGCAGACCAUCCUCGAUCUAAAGAAUGUAGAGCGCAAUUUCUUUCCAGCACCACCGCCGCAGUCGCCACAGAAGGCUCCACGCUCUCCUGCAGCUCUUACUAAGGGUAGAAGCUCGCCGAGAAAGUCCGUACCAGCCUCCAGUAUCACGGCGACUGGCAGUACGCCUCGUAGACCACCUGCUGUCUCUGCGCCUACACCCAUUGCCGAGGAUGCCGAGACCGAGGACGAAGAUGAUCAAGAACAAGAAACAACCAAUACAGCAAGAGUCAGCUUCAGCGGCGUGGCUCCAGUGGAUGACAUGGACGAGGAUGAUGAGGAGCAGCCUUCGACAACCAAGAAAUCAAGAGGACGGCCACGGAAAUCAGCAGCAACACCACGUCGAAUUGAUGACGAGAAGGAGAACGAGUCACCUUUGAUCACGACUAGUAGUCGAGCAGCGAAGGUGAAGGCGGCAGCCAAUUUACAUAUUGCUGCGCCAGACAUGCUCCUCUACCAAAAAGAAAUGAAGCGCAAGGGUGGUGUGACCCACGGUGGCCGACCGUCCAGCCGUCUAGAAGAUUUCUCUUCCCCAGUCCCCGAGCAGCCGAAGAAAACAAAGAAGCGCAAGAGCGACGAGGCAACAUAUGAUGUUACGGCCGAAGGUAGCGAUCUCAGCGAUGGCGAAACUCAAGCACCGGGUCUCAAGGCCAAGAAGGCAAGGACGACCAGCGAUGCGCCACCCAUCAUGUAUCGUAUGAUGGUCACAGGCGACGAACGCUGGGUUGGUAAGCCAAAGCAAGAAAGCGACGAUAGGCUCAAACUUCGCAUGCUGGGUGUUGAGCUGACUCAGGAUCCGCUCGAAGUUGACAUCUUGGUAGCGCCAGCCAUCAAACGGACGAAGAAAUUUGUCGCUGCGCUCGCUAAUGCGCCGCUGGUAGUCGACAGCAAAUACCUCGACGCAGCUCUCAAGCAGGACAAGCUGGUUGAGAACCCGAAACUAUUGCAAGAUCGGAAGAUGGAAGAUGCCAUGGGCUUGAAACUCUCCGAAGCCAUCGAUCGCGCCAAAUGCAAUGCCCAUGAACUCCUCCAAGGCUGGUCGAUCUUUGUCUCCAAGGACAUCCCGGGCGGCUUUGACACUUAUAAGGAUAUUAUCAAAGUCAACGGCGGGGAGGCGUAUAUGUAUAAUGGUCGUACGGGUCUGCAUAUCCCUAAACGUCCUGUUGGUGCAGGCGAGGAGGAUGGAGAGGAGUUCGACUACGCAUACCUGGUAUCUGGAGCCAGCGAAGCGGAGGUCAAGCUGUGGAAGACUUUCAGAUCGACGGCCGAGAAGCAGAAUCUGAGGACCAGGGUUGUCAAGUCGGAUUGGUUGCUUACGACUGCUAUUGCGCAGGAAUUCCGGUGGAGGAGAGAGUGGGAGUGGGAUGAGGCGGCUUUGACGGCCUAG